GGAGGUAGAGACAGAGAGAGAGGGAGGGCAGAAGGAGGAUAUUUAUGUGGCUGCAGGUCCGAUCAUAUGAACUUUCAGUUAUGGCUUUCUUCAAAGUGAUCUGUGUGGCGACUCUGCUGACUCUGCUCACACAAGAGUCUCACUCACAACUAAGUGUGUGCGGUCAGCCUCCGCUCAACACCAGGAUUGUUGGAGGACAGCCGGCCCCUGCAGGCAGCUGGCCCUGGCAGGUCAGUCUGCACAGAGGGUUUCACUUCUGUGGAGGAUCCCUCAUCAACAACGAAUGGGUGCUGACUGCUGCUCACUGCUUCCCAAGCAACAGCACAACCAAUCUGGUUGUGUAUCUGGGUCGUCAGAGUCAAGAGGGAUCCAACCCCAAUGAGGUGAAUCGGACAGUAACACAGAUCAUCAAUCAUCCCUCAUACGACUCCAGUACCAGUGACAAUGACAUCUCCCUCCUGAAGCUCUCCUCACCGGUGACUUUCACCAACUACAUUCGACCCGUCUGCCUGGCAGCCUCAGGCAGCACCUUCUACAACGGCACGGACUCCUGGGUCACUGGCUGGGGCACCAUUGGAUCUGGAGUGCCACUUCCUUCCCCACAAGACCUGAUGGAGGUGGAGGUGCCGGUAGUGGGGAACCGACAGUGUUUCUGUGACUAUAUCUCCGUAGUCCCAAUCACAGACAACAUGAUCUGUGCCGGGUUGCGUGCUGGAGGAAAGGACUCAUGUCAGGGCGAUUCAGGCGGUCCGAUGGUGAGCAAGCAGAACAGUCGCUGGAUCCAGGAGGGAAUCGUGAGCUUUGGAUUAGGUUGUGCUUUGCCUAAUACGCCAGGAGUUUACACCAGAGUGUCCCAGUAUCAGUCCUGGAUCAACAGCCAGAUCACCAGCAACCAGCCGGGCUUUGUCACCUUCACGUCCACUGGGACUGACGGUGACCUCAGCGUCACCUGUCCUGGGCUGCCACCACCGCCAGCCAAACCUGUGGUCUGCGGCCAAGCCCCAAUGAAUUCACGUAUUUUGGGAGGAAGCUCGGUGGCGACAGCCAGUGUUUGGCCGUGGAUGGCGAGCUUACAGAAGAAUGGAAGUCAUAUGUGUGGCGGGACUCUGGUGUCCGAGGACUCAGUGUUGAGUGACGCCGACUGCUUCUCAAGUUCUCCCGUAGCGUCUGAAUGGACCGUCGUUUUGGGUCGUCUGAAGCAGAAUGGAUCCAACCCCUUUGAGGUGACGCUGAAUGUGACCAACAUCACUCUGAGCAACCUGACCGGGUCUAAUGUAGCAGUGCUGCGUCUGUCAACCCAACCCACCCUGUCCAACUACAUCCAGCCCAUCUGCCUGGACAACGGUCAAACCUUCAGCGAGGGCUCGACGUGCUGGGCUGCCGGCUGGAGCUCCGGGCGAGGAGGGGAGGAGGAAGUUCUGCAGGAGUUCCAGACCUCGGUGGUAAAUUGUGGGAACAGUUCAUCAAGAGACACCAUUUGUACGAGCUCUUUCACACUGGAGCAGGGCGAUUAUGGCGGUCCGAUGAUGUGCAAGAAGGACGGCUCUUGGUUCCAGGCGGUGGUGUUAUCGAUUCAAAACAACUCCACAAACACCUCCAGUAGUACGCGAGCAGAUCCACCGAUGGUCUUCACCAAACUGAGCACCUUUCAGUCCUUCCUGUUAGAGGUUCUGGGGACGUUCUUAUCUCCAGCCACCGCCGCCACCCCAGCUCCCAGCAGCGAGACCAUCUUUGACGGCGCUCCGGCUCACUCCUCCUUCUUCAUCUUCUUCCAUCUCCUCGUCUUGUCUGCGUGUCUCCACCUCUUCUUAAGAGGUGUGUUUGUGCUGGAGGUAGAGACAGAGAGGGAGAGGGAGGGCAGAAGGAGGAUAUUUAUGUGGCUGCAGGUCCGAUCAUAUGAACUUUCAGUUAUGGCUUUCUUCAAAGUGAUCUGUGUGGCGACUCUGCUGACUCUGCUCACACAAGAGUCUCACUCACAACUAAGUGAGUGCGGUCAGCCUCCGCUCAACACCAGGAUUGUUGGAGGACAGCCGGCCCCUGCAGGAAGCUGGCCCUGGCAGGUCAGUCUGCACAAAGGGUUUCACUUCUGUGGAGGAUCUCUCAUCAACAAUGAAUGGGUGCUGACUGCUGCUCACUGCUUCCCAAGCACCAGCACAGACAAUCUGGUUGUGUAUCUGGGUCGCCAGAGUCAAGAGGGAUCCAACCCCAAUGAGGUGACUCGGACAGUAACACAGAUCAUCAAUCAUCCCUCAUACGACUCCAGUACCAAUGACAAUGACAUCUCCCUCCUGAAGCUCUCCUCACCGGUGACUUUCACCAACUACAUUCGACCCGUCUGCCUGGCAGCCUCAGGCAGCACCUUCUACAACGGCACAGACUCCUGGGUCACCGGCUGGGGCACCAUUGGAUCUGGAGUGCCACUUCCUUCCCCACAAGACCUGAUGGAGGUGGAGGUGCCGGUUGUGGGGAACCGACAGUGUAACUGUGACUAUGGAGUGGGCUCAAUCACAGACAACAUGAUCUGCGCCGGGUUGCGUGCUGGAGGAAAGGACUCAUGUCAGGGCGAUUCAGGCGGUCCGAUGGUGAGCAAGCAGAACAGUCGCUGGAUCCAGGAGGGAAUUGUGAGCUUCGGAGAAGGUUGUGCCGAGCCUGAAAAGCCAGGAGUUUACACCAGAGUGUCCCAGUAUCAGUCCUGGAUCAACAGCAAGAUCACCAGCAACCAGCCGGGCUUUGUCACCUUCACGUCCACUGGGACUGACGGUGACCUCAGCGUCACCUGUCCUGGGCUGCCACCACCGCCAGCCAAACCUGUGGUCUGCGGCCAAGCCCCAAUGAAUUCACGUAUUUUGGGAGGAAGCUCGGUGGCGACAGCCGGUGUUUGGCCGUGGAUGGCGAGCUUACAGAAGAAUGGAAGUCAUAUGUGUGGCGGGACUCUGGUGUCCGAGGACUCAGUGUUGAGUGACGCCGACUGCUUCUCAAGUUCUCCCGUAGCGUCUGAAUGGACCGUCGUUUUGGGUCGUCUGAAGCAGAAUGGAUCCAACCCCUUUGAGGUGACGCUGAAUGUGACCAACAUCACUCUGAGCAACCUGACCGGGUCUAAUGUAGCAGUGCUGCGUCUGUCAACCCAACCCACCCUGUCCGACUACAUCCAGCCCAUCUGCCUGGACAACGGUCAAACCUUCAGCGAGGGCUCGACGUGCUGGGCUGCCGGCUGGAGCUCCGGGCGAGGAGGGGAGGAGGAAGUUCUGCAGGAGUUCCAGACCUCAGUGGUAAAUUGUGGGAACAGUUCAUCUAGUGACACCAUUUGUACCAGCUCUUUCACACUGGAGCAGGGCGAUUAUGGCGGUCCGAUGAUGUGCAAGAAGGACGGCUCUUGGUUCCAGGCGGUGGUGUUAUCGAUUGACAGCAACUCCAUAAACACCUCCAGUAAUACACGAGCAGAUCCACCGAUGGUCUUCGCCAAACUGAGCACCUUUCAGUCCUUCCUGUCUCAGGUUCUAGGGACAUUCUUAUCUCCACCCGCCACCCCCGCCGCUGCUGCCGCCGCCUCCGCCGCCGCUGCCGCCUCCGCCGCCGCCGCCGCUGCUGCCACAGCUCCCAGCAACCAGACCACCACUGCCGGCGCUCCCGCUCACUCCUCCUUCUUCAUCUUCUUCCAUCUCCUCGUCUUGUCUGCGUGUCUCCACCUCUUCUUAUAGAAACUCCAACUUUAUCCGUAAAUAGGGAUUUACAGGAUGUGACGAACACAAAUGAAAGUAAACAACGUUGAAUCUGAGACACAAUUCAGGCUUAAAGCUACAUGAAGUAAUCUAUGACUUUAUUCUGUUGGUGACAGGAACAGAGUAGUGACGUAAGCGUUAGCUUACUGGCUAACAAAUCUACAUCAAUCGUUAGGUAGACAGUUAAUCAAUAAAUUCUAUCUAUCUACAGAGCAAAGGUUAGCUAACUGUUUUACAUGAAUCAUUAGCUGACUAGUUACAUCUGAUAGUUUGUGUUAAAUUAAGGUGACCAGAUUUCCGAAAUGAAAAUCGGGGAAAUUGUUUACCACGGUGGUCAAAAUCGUUAAUCGUUAUCGUUAUGAAAUGAAUAACAGGGGCAAUUACAUGUUAAUGUAUUUUGACAAAGCAAAUGAGUAGCCAAUAAGAAGUUACCCUUCCACUCGUGAAUUCUGCCAUAUUCCACAGCAAAGCAUUACAUGAGAGGAUUUACACACUCCUGUGCACUCCUUGUGAUAGAAAGUCAGAACAAACUCUGAGUGCAACCUGCAACGCGUGCUUCCCCCUGUAAGGAUGGGGCCCCUAAAAUAAAAUAAAAAAGGAGGCGCUCUCCAGCUGGCUCCCCCGUCACUCACCUACAGCUGCACAGAUGAGCAGAGGAGCGCUCUGCUGUUCUGGCGUGGAUGUGCCGCAGCACAGCGGGAGCAGCGCGCGUGUGUUUUAUAAAAAAAAAAGCAAACAAAAAGAGACCAGCCGGUCGACACAAGCCAUUUACCGCGCACGUAACGUCAGCACGUUAGUUCAACUGGUUUAACCAUAAUAACUGGAGUGUGCAUCCAUACGCAACUUUUUUUCUCCCGCAUUCAAAUUGGGGACAUUUUCGGGGACAGCUUUAACCAGGGACAGGUCGGCCAAAUCGGGGACUGUCCCCGAAAAUCUGGGACGUCUGGUCACCCUAUGUUAAAUGCUACCUAACUAGCUACAGUUGAUGUAGAUUAGGUACUCAACAGUAAAACAUGAUUCAUAGUUUCUUAUUCCAGUCUAAACUGAAGGGUGCAAAAUACGGGUGUGAUAUGAAGAACUUUUAAAGAUGCACUGAACAAAUGUAGAUUUAGCAUAACACUGAAAGCAAACCAUGAAAUGUGGUUCAUAGUUUUUGAAGCUACAUGGAUCAAUAAUUAUAUCUACUCUGCUGUUUUUAUUGUGAUUUUUAAAAAAUCAAUCUGUUAAAUGUUAAUGUUAAAUGAAAUCUGUGUAAUAUAUUGAUUUCAAUGAUUAUUAUUAUUAUUUUUGAUUGUUGAACAGGAGCCAUAAGUGUCAUUCAGUAUGUCAUUGUUGGAUUCAGACAUUAUAAUGAUUUGUAAUUUAUAUAAUUGUUGUUAUUCAGUGAUCAAUAACUCAUUUGCUGCCAUUUAAUUCCCUGCACACUGUAACAAAUGGAUUAAAAGCUUAAAGAAGCAUAUUUUAGGUCUGAGGAACACAUCUACCUCAUAUUACCAGAGAGCUACUGUACCAUAAUGUUUAUUUCUAUCUGACAAAGCACUUAAUGUGAACGCCUCUGAAAGUACACAAGCUGCACUUUACAAUGAUCAUUAUUUGGUCUGAAAGAUAAAUGUCAAUCUUGCCGAGCUCAUGAAAUAAAUCCGUCAUGUAAAUGUGAAA